CCAUCGAGGGGAAGCAGAGCUCAGGCUGAAGAUGGUUUUCUUCUCUGCAGCACUCAGCAGGCUCUGGCUGGGGAGAGGCUUCGGUGGGACGCAGAGAGGCAGCCCCUGGGCAGGAUCCUCUCACUGGACAGGCAGGAGGCCAAGAGGGUGCUGGAGAUCUACGUCAGCCGCUCGCUGAGCUGCCGGGAGAGCCUGCCGGCGGCCAGGAAGGGGCUGCAGGAGGGAGCCAGAAGGCGAGGGAGGAAGGCAGAUGGGCUGCAGAGGUCCACAAGUGACUCCUGCCAGGCCUCCUGUGCCAAGCUCAGCCCUGAGAAGGACCGGGAGGAGAGACCCAAAGCGCUGGACACAGACAAAGCUUUGGACGAUGAGAGCAAAGCUGCCAAGGAGGUGCCUAAAGAGAAGCCUGAGCCCAAAAAGAAAAGCUCAAAGACCUCUUGCCAGGGCAAGAGCCAACACACCUGGUUCAAAACCGUCAUAAACUUCCUCUUCAGGAGGAGCUCUGAGGAGCAGAAGGAGAGCUCAGGGCAGAAAGCGAAGGAGAAAGAUGCCAGAGCUCCUCACAGCUCCAAACCAGAAGCAGCCAAAAGGUCUGGAGUGGACUCGAGCACAUCCCCGGCCCUGGGCAGAGCCCCAAAGAGGAGACCCAGCCUCAAGAGGGUUUUCUCCUUCAAGAAGCAUGCAGAGGAGGAGCGAGGAGAGGCAGCAGCUGGGGCCAGGGCCAAGCGUCCCAGCUGCCUGCCGCUGCGGCACAUCCAGGCGCCAGCCACGCCAGCAGACCUGGAGCAGCCUGAUGGUUACUAUGCAAGAGUCUCAGAAGAGAUCGAGCUGAUCGUGCAGGGCAGCGAGGGCCAGGGCAGCAGAGCAGCUGGAGCCGAGGAUCCACCAGGGCCAGGCAGCACUGGCAGCGUUGAUGAAGCCAUCAAGAGAAUCGUUGCCCUGCUCCAGAGUGCGGGAGAUGAGCUGGACAGGCAGGUGAGGGAGGAUGCACAGCUCUGGAUGUUCUUCCGGGACCUGUCCUACAGCUCCUUCAAGGACCUGGCUGAUGCCUAUGUGCACAGGGAGAUGACUGCCAGCAGACCUGAUGUUGGCCUGCAAGAGGUCCAGUUUGCCUUCACGGUGCACCUCACUGCCAGGGUGGCAGGCAUCUGCAGCCAGGCAGUGAACAGGGUGAUGGGCUUCGGCACUCGCUACCUGGAGGAUUCGCUGCCGCCCUACAGCAAAAUGCUGCAGCAGAGCAGAGACCAGUUCAGGACAGACAACUUCGAGAGCCCAGACUGACGCCGGCAGCCCCUCCGGAGCCCGAGGACGCAGCUGUACCGCUGGGGGGACUGUGCCUGUCGCUGACCUGGGUGUGAGCUGCUUUGCUCAGCUGGGGGUUAAAAACCCUUCCAUGGAGAACCACAAGGAAAGCCCCAGCAGCAAGAAGUGCCUCAAACCCCACCCUGGGAGGCAGGCAGAGGGGGGUGGCGGUCAAAGAGAGGCCAAAUCCUCACCCCGUUUGUGCUUCAGCUCUUGCCCAGCCUGGAGCUGUCAGGGUCGGGUUGCCUUGGCGUGUUUGUUGCCCUGCUCUUCUGGACGUGGCUGUGCUCCACGUCCAACAGCCUCUUUGUACCUCCUGCUGCCAGCUUGGGGGGGGGGGGG